AAUAAACGUCAAAUACUUAACUCACAUCCAAAAGCAACACAGACCCCACUGUUCUAAAUUUCUCAUUCGGCUAACAUCAUUUUUCUGAUUUUUUUUGGCGUAAAAUUAAUACGUUAUUAGAGGGACCCUGUGAUUGCGCGGACAUCUAAUCCGAAAUCCUUUGAAGAUGUGCGACAAGCCAGCCUGCCCCCCGCCUCCUCGGUGCUGUCCUCCGCCACCACCUCCCUGUCGUCCGCCUCCCACCUUGUGGCAGAAGUUGAACUGCGUUCCGUGCAACCGAUUCGUGUUCUUCAUGAUCGGGGCGGGCAUCGGAUUAUACUGGGACCAAAUGAAGAAGGAGGCCAAGAAGGCGGCCGAGGAGGCCCAGAAGUCGCCCAAGGAGAAGGAGAAGGAGGCCAAGGAGCGCGAGAAGAAGCAGAAGGAGAAGGAGAAGGCUGACAAGGAGAAGGCGGAGAAGGAGAAGAAAGAAAGGGAGAAGAAGGAAAAGGAGAGCAAGGGCAAGGAGAAGGGUAAAGAGAAGGGCAAGGAGGCCAAGUAACCGAUGUUAAGGAUGGGCCCCCAAACGGAGAUGUCAAGGAGCAGGAUGCUUUGCCUCAAAAUUCGAAUCAAAUUAUAUCGUUUCUACACUUCAAAAAUUUCAAGUGCAUUAUAUGGCCUACUUAACGAUUACUUUUGGUCAGUCCAUUGCCGAGUUGAUGGAAGGCUUCUUUAUUUACUAUCUAGUGUCCACCCUAAUUCUUCCAAAUCAAGUAACAAAAUCGGAUGGAAAAUUUAACUGGAGAAAAGAAAUGGCUUUGCAAAAAUUGGAUAACCAUAUAGGGCUUAAAAAUAUACAGCACCCUAAAAUUCAAAUUAACAUUUUGGUUUCCUGAUAAUGAUUUUGCGAAAUGGUGGUGAUCUAUGUUUUUACCGAUUACGGCAUUCCAAUACGUUAAUAUAUUAUUACAAAUUGUAUGAUGAAUACACUAAAAUGUAUUACCCCCUCAAGAACCCAA